GCCCGCUUCUCCCGCCCGGGACGCGCCUCGCUCCCGUAACCCAGUCCUGCGAGCUCCGCGUCUCCGCCGCCGCCUGCUCCCGCCUGGCCGGAUCGCAUCCGAUCCCGAGCAUGGAACCCGGACAGCCCCGGGAGGCCCGCGAACCCGGGCCAGGGGCAGAGACCACCGCGGCGCCGCGCUGGGAGGAGUCCAAGACUUUCUAUGACAAUCUCUCGCCCAAGAAGAAACCCAAAUCGCCAAAGCCUCAGAACGCAGUCACCAUUGCCGUGUCCUCCAGAGCCUUGUUCCGCAUGGACGAGGAGCAGAGGAUCUACAUGGAGCAGGGUGUAGAGGAGUAUGUGCGCUACCAGCUGGAGCACGAGAACGAGCCCUUCAGCCCCGGGCCGGCCUUCCCCUUUGUGAAGGCCCUGGAGGCUGUGAACAAGAGACUUCGGGAGCUGUAUCCCGAUAGCGAGGAUAUUUUUGACAUAGUCCUCAUGACCAACAACCAUGCUCAAGUGGGAGUCCGUCUCAUCAAUAGUAUCAACCACUACGACCUGUUCAUCGAGCGAUUCUGCAUGACAGGUGGCAACAGCCCCAUCUGCUACCUCAAGGCCUAUCACACCAACCUCUACCUGUCGGCUGAUGCGGAAAAAGUUCGAGAAGCCAUUGAUGAGGGGAUUGCAGCAGCCACCAUCUUCAGCCCCAGCAGGGACGUGGUUGUGUCCCAGAAUCAGCUCCGCGUGGCCUUCGAUGGGGACGCGGUACUCUUCUCCGAUGAGUCAGAGCGCAUAGUCAAGGCCCAUGGGCUGGACAGAUUCUUCGAGCAUGAGAAGGCCCAUGAGAACAAACCUUUGGCACAGGGCCCCCUGAAAGGCUUUCUGGAAGCUCUGGGUAGACUGCAGAAGAAAUUCUACUCCAAAGGCUUGCGGCUGGAGUGCCCGAUUCGCACUUACUUGGUGACAGCGCGUAGCGCAGCCAGUUCUGGGGCCCGGGCCCUCAAGACCCUGCGAAGCUGGGGCCUGGAGACCGACGAGGCCUUAUUCCUAGCCGGAGCACCCAAGGGCCCCCUUCUUGAGAAGAUCCGCCCACACAUCUUCUUUGAUGAUCAGAUGUUCCAUGUGGCCGGGGCUCAGGAGAUGGGCACAGUGGCCGCCCAUGUGCCUUACGGUGUGGCCCAGACACCCCGGAGGGUGGCUGCUGCAAAGCAGACUCCAAGUUCCCAGUAGCAGAGUCACCUUGCUCCAGGCUUCCUGUCACACUUCUGAACCUCAUCUGGUGAACUUUCCUGGGUCCUCACUGUCCACGCUCCUGCAUGCUGCCCUCUUCCCUCUGCUUAGGUACUGUAAGGAACUUAGGAAGACCAGGCCAGCAUUCUCGCAGUCCCUGCUGGGCAAACAUUGCCGUGAUCCUGGCUAGGAAAGCGGGCUCUGCAGGGUAGCUUAGAUGUCGUGGGGAAAUUGGUGGGACUGAGAGUGACAUGGCCGGAGAAGCCAGGGCGCCAAAGGCUUGGGAUAAAACUGUGUGAGAGAGAAGGUGGAUUUGGCAUCCAAAGCAGACCUGUCAUGGACUGCGUGACUUAAGUCCCUUUUUUUCAUAAGCCUCAGUUUAUCCCCCUCUUUUAGGUGGUUUCCAAGCCAUCCUUUAGUCAAGGCUUGGUUUUACAGGAUUAUGCCCUAAAUGAGUCAUCCUGUGCGGGGGCUGCCAGUACCUAUGGCACCUGUGUGGAUUACAAGAUGACACUCUGUCUAGGUGAAUGAAUGACAAAAGUGACGGCCCUUCCUCUGGCCUGAGCCUGAACACAGGCUAGAUUCCAGCCCCUUGCCCCUCAGCACUGAGGCAUCAAAUGGGAACUAUGCACAGUACUACACAGCGGCCCUGCCUGCAUCUUGCCCUGUUUGGAAACUGCCGCACAGGGUGACCUGUUGCUUCCUGUGAUUUGCUAACCUGAGUCAUGGACUGUCUGCUGCCAGGUGGGAGGUUCGUGGAAACAAAUGAGGGGAGGAAUGUAGCUCACAUGCUAAUUCUCCUCUAGCCAGCCGGGGGCACUGCAGGCUCUUCCUGGAGUGGGCUUUAGUGGCUUACCUGCUCUGGGUUUCCUUUGCCUUCAGUUUUUAAGCAAAGUCCAGUAAUUCUGCCCGCCAACCUCCUCACCUCAGCCCUGGGUGUACUAGUCACUGCCACCUGUCAGGGCGUAAGGAAGGUCUCCCAGCAGCGAAAGAGAACUCUACCCCCAAAUAUGGAGAAAGCACGGGCUCUAAAGUGAGUGGUUGUCCAGGCGGAGUCUGAGGGCAGGCUGCUGCAGAGAGGCGUGGGAGGUGUCAGGUCUGAUCAGAUCUGAGACAAAGACGCUAAGGACGUGAUGGCUCAGAGAAGGAUGUGCUGAACGUGCCUGAUGCUGCUGUGGAGAGGGAAAGCCAGUCAGAGUCACCCUGGAAGAGAGGAGCUGUCACUGGGAUGCUGUGCAAAGGAUUCUGGGAAGAGCUGAUCUCCCUGAGAGGUACCAGUGAUUGCUCCACCUUUGCCUGAAUCCAUGCAGCCCUUUCUUCUCCACAGUGAGUGAAGGUCCACUUCCUCCCUUGCUAAGCAGCCCUGGCGCUCAGGGGAAGGGUGGAAGAGUGGAUGGUCGGUCCCCUAGGAAGAAGGGGCAAGCAGACAUUAUUGCCUGGCUCCCACAGGGAUCCCAGCAAUGAGGAGACCUGGAAGCAUCAUAGGAGGGCCAGGAGAAGAGCCUGGAGAUGGGGCGAAGGUCAACUGGAGACUCUAACCUCUGUCUUUCUAGGCAUUUGACUCAGGAUCUGAAGGAGUACAUGUUCUGGGCAGUGUGUCUCGGGGUAACAGCUGAAGGAAGGAGGACAGAGAAGGCUCAGGAGUUCCUGGAAACAAGCACCAGCCUGGGCCAAACGAAAACCAUGAGACUGAGCGUGCAUCUGUGUCUGCAGCGUGAGGACACUGCUCCUGGAAGGCAGCGACGCACAUGAGGUAGACACGGUCGCUUUAUUGAGUCAUUGGCAUUAUCGCACUGGGAGGGCACAGUCAUUUUCACCAUCAUAGCCAGGACCCUUCCGGCCAGCAGGAGGCCUCAGGGUAGAACAAAGUCUGUAAGGGGCUUCCUUCACUGGGUCUCCACGCCUGGCCAGAGAUGCUGUGUGACCUAAGAACAGCUGCAAGGAAAUGAGGAGUCUGUCUUCACUGGACCACCCAGGAGCCUUCUGCCAUGAUGCCAUAGUCACCCCCUUGAAGGAUGUCCUCCCUGGGGCUCACAGUCGGUGAUCACAUGCUUGUAAGGAUAUGUAGUGUCCUUAGGCAGCCCAGUCCGAAAAGGCCUGUGUACUGUGAAGACAGCACCAGAUGUUGCCAAAUUUGGAUGCUGGGAUGCAUGAGGUCUAAUGUUCAGGGCCUGGUCCUGCAUACUGCAAACCCUUUCAGGUUUCUCAGGAAACAGGGAUGGUACCAUGCCAGAAGCAAGAAGAUAAGGUGCAGUAAAAAGCUGUGGAUGUCACUGGAGACACCAUGAAUAGAUAGAUGCAGACAGCCUGCACAGUGCAGAAAGGUCUAAAUUCUAUUAUUGAAACCAAACAUGAGCAUCUCAAGCCUGGACAAAGGCUUUUGGAGCUGGAAUAAAAGGCCAGAAGUCCUGGAGGCAGGCUCCAGCUUCAGCCAGCCAGUUCUCCUGAUGGACUCCAGGGCUGAAGAGGAGCCUGGCAGCACGCAGCAUUGUUUAUUGUGUUACCAGGAGAUUAAAAAACCAGCUGACCAUCAGAGCCCCAGGCCCAGCCUCAGACUACAGCGCUGGGGUAGAAGAGCCAACCGUGCCCAGAACACUGGCCCCCUAGGCCUGGCAGAACACUCCUCCUAGGAAGUGCUUGCUUGCCAACAGAGUCCCAGGCCCCGUGGGACUGCUACUCAGCAGAACAGUAGCUCUGGUUGUUACUACAUGGAGACUGCUAAGGUUACUACAGAACUCCCUUCGGGGGAGGGAAAUGUGACUGGACAUCUGGCUGAGUCAAUAGAGUGCUUGCUUAUGAAUAUAAAAGCCUGGCUUCAACUCAACAGCAUUUCACAAGCUAGGUAUGGUGGUGCACACCUAUAAUUCCAGCACCCCUGAGAUGGAGGCAGGAGGAGUCAGAAGGCCAAGGUCGUCCUCAGAUGGGUAACCAGACCAAGGCACAGUCUGUGCUACACCAGACCCCAUCACAAAAAGAAAAGGGCAAACCCUCCCUCCCCUACAUGACGGCACAACUACACCAGUGGGAAUGUAGCAGAAUAUGCUAAAAGAAAACAGAAGCUAGCAAGAAGUUCAUAUCCAAGACAGACCCGAUGUUACACCUCAGUUCAAUUGGUGUGCAAAGCCACGAUCAGAAUAUCAAAGCCCCUCCAUAGCAUGUGGUGAAUAGCCCUUCCCCAAGUCCCUGGGUGUCCCUUGGUAACCUCAGAUGCCCUGGCCCUCUUCUGGGAAUGCGGCACCUUCCUGUGAUCUUCAGCCUGCUUGAGGAUACAGUACUGUGGCUUGUGUCUGCUCUCUUGAGGUGACUGCUGGGACUGUGGAGACACCAGGGUCUGCCCCCUGCCUCUUGAGGCGUCCUGGAAAUACUGACUAACUUGCUCAAAGUCACCCAGCUAGUAGGUGGUAGUGCUGGGACAUCUGUCUGAUGCUGGGGCCUGGAUGUCCAUACAGUGGCAAGAGAAGCUCCAGUCUGAGGUGUUCAGGGAAAGAACUCACUGGAAGCUGACCCGUUGAAAAGCUGGCACGCAUUUCAGCAGACACAUUUUGGUUAGAGCAUCCUGACUAACAGUGACUUAAAUUAGAUCAUGUGCAGUCCUACUACACCACAGCAAGCUGUGUGAAGCUCAGUUUGCAGAUCUUUGAGUUGAGCUAAUAAAGGGUUUAGCCAUCUGAAGACUCUGAGACCAAACUGGAUCCAUUGCCUGCUGUCAUGAAGAAGCAUCUGUGGUUUUAACCUGCAUGCCCACUGGUUCAUAGAUGCACCACAGCAGCAGAAAUUAAAGGUAUCAACAGAAACCCCAAAGCCAAAAGAAUACUUUCUAUCUGACCCUCUAAUAGGGAAUGUCUGCUGACCCCUGGGUCAAGACAAACACUGCUGGACCACUGGGACAAACAAGGUUGCAUCAUCCUAAACAUUUAAGGACAGAAGUUGGCUCCACUGCUAAGGGGAAGAGAUGGGGACUCAAUGACUGUCUAACCCUUUCCUGACACUCAAGGAUUUACAAUUCCAAGUACUGUCAUUUGCAAUUUGGCUGAUGCAUAAAUUUGACACGAGUCAAACUGAAUUUGCCCUCUCAAGCUGAAGGGUAGGGACCAGGAAGGACAGGACUUGGCUACAGGUAGCUUUGCUGGCCCUCCAGCCCCCAUCUCUACAGCUGUAGUCUCGGCUCCCCAUUGGCCUCAGGGGUGAGCCUGAUGCAUGCUGGUAAGCGGAUGGCUGUGAAACAUGGGCUUUGAACAAAGUGAAGUGUCCAGUGUUGACUCCAGCAGCUCAGAUCUAGUGAGCCAUCCUCAUGCACUCUCUGAAAACAAGUUCUCAAGGGUCCCCAGGACGCUUUGGCUCAGAAGAUACUGAUGGAGUGAAAAGUGCGAUUCCACUAGAAGGUGGACGGUUUCCCCAAAUACGAGAUAUAAGCAGCCAAGCCACCCUUACAAUGGAAGUUUUCAGAAUCCACUAAAACAUGGCAAACUAUCUCACCUACUGUCACCAUCCCAUCAUGAUACUAUCCUUACAAAACCCAGACUUGACUUCAGAUUCUUCAUACAGCAUUUCAGGUAGCCUGCCCCAGCUGGAGGUGGCACGGAAGAUGGAACCUGGUUUACUAACUGCCUGUGUGGAUCGGACCAUUGCUUUCUAGCAAGCAGGCAUGGUCCUUACGUUACUUCUCUGAUGCUGUGGUGCAACUCCAAGGAUGCCAGUUUCUCACCUGUUUCCAGCAGAAACUGUUGAUGAGGAUGAGGAGGGGGACCAUUGGCCCCAAGGCUGGUAGCUUUGCGGGACCUGAGACAAUGCCCUGGAUUAUGUCUUUAAUGCAAGGUGUAGAAACCUCUCUUGCCAGUAGGUGGCACUGCAGACUGGCACUCAGCUGUGCCUGUAGUUCAUGGUUUGCUUUUCUCUCCUUCCAUGCUACAGUGACCAAAAAGGACUUCAGGUGCUCUGACAAUGUUUGUGAAACAUCUCUGUAUGAUGAGCUGAUGGCUCUCACCGAAAACCACUGUGAUGGUGUGUAUGGAGAAACACCCAUGACUGUGUGAGUCUGUGUUUAUGGGUGUGAGUGAUGGCCCAGACUUCUCUGCUGCUGACUGUAUGUGUGCACACAUAUAUGUAUGUCUGUGUCUCUGUGUGUAUCACACACACUUGCAAGCUUGGAGUGUGUACAGAUGGCUGUCCCUGUUAUUUGAGGAUCCUGGGCCCCACAGGCUGAUGGCCAGCAUCACUCCUCGGAAUUGGUCCUAGCUACCCUCAUCAUCUCACGGGCAUGGCCCUAGCUAUUCCCAGCAUCUCACGGGCAUUGCAUGUGCCUUGCCCGAGUGCCACGGAGGCCAGACCUCCGUCUUUCAGUUUUCUGCUUCUGUUCCACUUCCGUUGCUUCUGAACUCUCUGUCCCCUGCCCCUGUGGCUCUGCAGCUAUAGGGAGGAAGUGUAGAACAGACCCUGCCUGACUUGAUCUCCACGCAUAACUUCCCUUCUCUAACAGAGCCAGGGUUAAUGUGGUCUCAUUAGGAGCUAUGCUACGGCCACAGCUAGGCAAGCUGACUUCCUUCCAGGCCUCCUGUUCUUGCCAGACAUGAUUUACCUUUGCUCUUGACUGGGAAGUGUCUCUCUGAUGGGACACACCCCAACAAACCCAGAGGCUUUAGAGACAGAAUCAUCUUUACAAAGUUAAGAGCUUCCAUAACGCAACCCAAAACCCUGCAGUCUCACACUUCUGGCCAAGACUGAAUAUGCCCUCAUUGCUCAGCCACUAAGUUAGGGCAGAGACUUGAGGCUAGACUUGUAGCUGACACUGAUGAGAAAAUUGCCAAGGACAUUGCAAACACACUGUGUGGAUCAGGGUUCAUAAAUCCUAUGUCUACAGGAGCCACACAGGAAGCAGAUAGGAGCAAGGGGCACCAGGCUAGACCUUGAGAAGGGAAAUGGCCUCCAGGGUCCUGUGUACCACUGCCACAUAGGAAUUUGGGCUGUUGGGGGUCUGAUGCUCCACUGUGUUUUUCCUUUUUUCUGAGAAGCUAGAAAUCUGAACUUUAAAAUAUUGGCAACUAUUUCAAAUUUAGAAAACACUGUUCAGGCCAAAGGAAGCGUGUCUUGUUGGCUAAAUCCAGCCCUCCAAUCUCCAGUUUGCUUCUGCUGGCCCCAGCCCAGUGAAUUGGGACUUUUAGACUCAAAUACUCUAAAAACCACAGCUUGGGUCUCUCUCUCUCUUUCUCUCUCUCUCUCUCUUCGGUUUUUCGACACAGAGUUUCUCUGUGGCUUUGGAGCUGUCCUGGAACUUGCUCUGUAGACCAGGCUGGUCCUGAACUCACAGAGAUCCACCUGCCUCUGUCUCCCGAGUGCUGGGAUUAAAGGCGUGCACCACCACCGCCUGGGUCACAGUUUGGGUCUUUAUGAGACCUUGGAAAAAGUGUAGAACAUCCCCUGUGUGUUUUUAAGGCUUGGGAACAUUCUGGGCAUGGAAGUGCACACCUGUUAUCCCAGCACUGGAAGCUGAGAUUGGAGGAUACUAAAUUCAAGGCCAGCCUGGGUCCUACCUAUUGAGACCCUAUCAAAAAGCAAAACAAAACAAAAUAAGAACCUGAGUG